UGCUUGUUACGGUGGAUUUUUUAUUAUGUCCAACGAGGCUAAACCAAGUUUCCGAGGUAUUGAAAGAUGCGAUUCAAUGGCAGUUGAUCCGCAUAAAAGUUUAUUCAUUCCGUAUGGAUGUGGUUGCGUAAUAGUAAGGCAGGGUAGCAAGUUGAAAUACAGCAACGCUUUGAAUCGUCCAGCCCCCUACGCCCAAGAUUCCUUUAAAGAUGAACGUGAGGAUGAACCAUCGCCAUGUCAUCUAUCAUUCGAACUCAGUCGCCAUUUCAGAGGAGUACGGGUGUGGAUGCCAUUGAAACUAUUUGGACUCGCACCAUUCAGAGAUGCAUUGACGGAAAAAAUAUUGUUAGCACGUUACUUUUAUGAACAACUAGCAGAACGAGAUGACUUCCAGUUAGGACCAUAUCCAGAAUUAUCAGUAGUAGUAUUCCGUUAUGCCAAAGCUCCAAACGACACCGAGAAAUUCAAUGAACAAUUACUGGACAGUCUGAUGAGGGAUGGCAGAGUGGCGCUGGCUUCCACACGCCUACGCGGUGUUUACUAUCUUCGUGUGUGUAUCCUCUGCUUCCGUACACACUUGAAAGAGGUUGACUUGCUUUUGGAAAUGGUUGACAAGAACGUUGAGACUUAUCUGAAAUCAGUUUCUAAAUAACCCUGGGAAUCACAACAAUUAUCAUAGUUGAGUUAUAAAUUUAGAUGAUGACAUCAUUGUUGUCAAAACACCCG